CCUGACGACAGGAAUGGCUUUUUUGGAUCGAUUAACUUUGUUAUUGAUAUUCUAGUGCCUCCUUUUGUAACAUUUUAUUAGUGAUUGUUUUCCUGUGAGAGGUGGUAUUAGAUAAAAUUCUUUAGCUUUUUGCGCGCUAUCUCCUGGUUGUAGUGUAAAGUUGUAUUUGUUUUUUACUUAGAUGUAGCAGUUUCCUACUUGUGAGUUUGGGUCACUGACCGAUCCCAUCACCCAGGAACACUUCAAUACAGAUAAACCCUUCAAUACAAACAAGGAACGAGCCGGUAAAGACUGUCGAAAAUAACAAAAAAACAUCUACUGAAUUUUGUGAUUUGUACUUUGCAGAGAUAUUUUGUAAUCCGAGAUGUUUGAAGAUGAGAUCCAGGGUGGACCCAAGUUCCAUUUGGGCGUUUCAGACUUCUCGAAACUCGUCAGAACCAAAGCUUUUGUUGAUAAGUCUUUACUCAUCAAAGAAUUCCUUGAAGACGAUUUUGUACUCAUCACAGCUCCAAGGCAAUUUGGGAAAUCCACCAACAUGGACAUGUUGAAGAAAUUUCUGGAAAUCGCUGUUGAUGGUCGAGGAGAACCUAUGUCUGACACACAAACUACUUUCAAUUGCAAUCUAUUCAAAGAACAUAAUCUGAGGAUUUUUCAAGAUUCAGCAUUUUUCACGACAUACUGCGGCCAAUAUCCUGUGAUAUACGCAAACUUCAGUCGUGCUACCGGUGACACUUUCCAGUCGAUUAUCGACGAGUUUAGACACAUUAUCCAAGACGCCUUUGAAGAACACGAAUAUUUGCUUUGCAGCCAACGUUUAAAUAAAAUUCAGAUUGAAAACUUCACGUAUUACUACUCCAACUAUCGUACACUAACCGAGGCCGAGAUUAUAUCAAGCUUGUACGUUUUGUGCAAAUGUCUUCGUAAGCAUUUCCAGAGAAAUGUUGUUGUACUCAUAGAUGGAUGCGACACGCCGAUUCUUGAUGGCAUCCACAGAAAUAUAAACGAAAAUGAUAUUGAAAUUAUUGUUUCCUUCAUAAGAAAGCUAAUGACGCAGUUGCUCAAAGGUAACAGUUAUGUACAUCACGGUAUGAUCAACGCUAGGUCUCAUUUUGCAAAAGUGCUGUUAGAAGACUGCCCGAAUAUUCUACAUUAUCCGUUUCUGGGAAAUCAUAGAUUCAGUAAAUAUUACGGUUUCAGUAACAAGGAAGUGAAACAUUUGCUGGAUCAAUUUGGGCUUAUAGAUAAGUUUAAAGAGGUGUCUGAUUGGUAUGAUGGUUAUAGAGUUGUUGGACAGUAUGACAUUUCUAUGUUCAAUACUUGGUCUAUUUUGAACUUUUUGAAGUUCAGGACGCCGAAAGAUUACUGGGCAGAUUUGAACACGAUAAAGAAUCUGGAGCAGAUUCUAAAAGUUCCUGCGAUACAAGAAAAAGUAAAUAAACUCUUGCUUGGUGAAGAAGUGUGCAUUUAUAAGCCGGAAAGUGUUACCAUACAGCAUAUAAAACAUUUAACUCAUUUAUAUAACAAGCCAUUAGAGGCGCAAGACAGUGUUGAUGUAGGGUUAUUCUUCGAGCUAUCUUUUGACAAUGGAUAUUUCAGUAUUAUCAGAACGUCUUGUACUUACCUAGUAUUGGGUAUUCCAAACUGUGAGAUUGAAAAUUAUUUCAAAAGAGUGCUGCAUAAGAAUGUGUUACGUAAGAGAUGGGGAAGCAUUGAAAGAUUGUAAUUGAUUUUGUCCCGAACUGUUGAUGUUGAUGAUUUGCGUAGCGCACAAUAUUGCAGAAUUUACACUCUUGUACAAGGUGUUUCCUAAUUGAUUGUCAAUAUUUAAGGGGGGAUCUUUGGGUUCAUUUUAAGGAGAAGACUUGAUAUGAACGUAUGUCCGAAACGUCUUAAUUUCUCUUCUUAAAAUGGAUCCAAAAAUCGCUUUCUUAAGUAAUGACAUUCAAUGCCACACUAUCACCCAAUUUUCUCACAUUCACGUUGGAUGUAAAAUAACGUCACUGCCCAAAGUGUCACAUGUAAUAAUUUUUGUAAUAUGUUAAGUGAUCUCUUGAACAAAAGUGUAAGAAGUUGCUGAACUAAUAUCUUAUAGGUUUUCAGAACAAACUUUUAGCUACCUCUACUCGAAGAAAAAAAAACGUAAAGAGACUGUGCCUAAUAAAAUGAAUGAGUGAAAGAUAUUUUCGCUGCCCAGUGUGUCUCACUUAUUGCAAUUUUUGUAUUAUUAUCACAAUAACAUCAAUAGGCUUGUUAAAUUUCUGUUCUGUAUGCUGCUUUGAAUAAAAUUAUUAUUGAUUGGAA